GAGGCGCGGCAAUGCACAGGGCCACGGCAGCGACUGCUGCAGCGGUCGCACUGUUGCUUGCUGCAGUUCUUACUAUCGUGACAUUGAACAAGCGAACCAGCGAGUAUGAAAUGUUGUCGGCCGCGGUUCCCCGCGGGCGCCAAGCGCUGUAUGGCGGCUGGUCCACAGUCAGCAAGGAUGACUUUGUUGGACGCUGUCGGUGCACCGGAUUUUCGACAUACAACCCGGAUCAGCGAGUAGUGUGCGCUUGCAGCGGAAAGGAUGACCUGUGGAGGAAGGGUCCAUGGGACAUAGUAACAGGAUAUCCUGUCGUUGUUGACAAGUCGGACGACGACCCUCAUGACAUGGGCAAGUACCUCACCAUUCAGGCUCAAGGCUUCCCCGAUGGCCCCAAGGAGCCAGCGCACUACUACACGCUGAUCCAGCCCUGGGACGACAUUGGCAAGCCUUCCAUGCCCGAGUUCUACCCUGACGCACAACUUGGAGUGCCUGAGGAUGGGUUCUUCGCGUUCGACACCACUUCCUCCUCCGAGUACCCUGCGUUCAAGCAGAUGAAGGGCUCGCAUUCCUCGCCUAUCGAGCUCAUUGAGACUGCCCCCGUGCUGGCGAACCUCUGGCGGUGAGAGACGCGCAUGGCAAGACCAGAGGCAGCAGUGUUAGCGUGUAGCUGCUGGCUGUGUGGAGAUCUUGUGUUGUGAACUUACUAG